AAGGCAGACGUUUUGGCGAUAUUUUAUAUCACUAUUCAUUUACAUCUUCGCUUGCAAAGAAGUACAAAACCUUAAAACCAACAAAAUGUUCAAAUUGUUCGCAGUCUGCUUCUUGGCUCUCUUCGCUGUUGCCUUCGGUGCUGCUAAACCCGGUGUCUUGGCUGCUCCACUGGCUUACUCCGCUCCUUUAGCCGCUGCUCCCGUUGCUGCUGCCUAUGCUGCUCCAGUCGCCGCUGCUUACUCCGCUCCCCUCGCCUACACCGCAGGAUAUGCUGGUUACGUCGCUCCCUACGCCAGCAGCUACUCCGCUCACUCGAUUGCCCACUCCGCCGCUUUCCCAGCUGCCUACGCCGCCGCUCCAAUUGUCGCCGCUCCAGCACCAGUGGUCGCUGCUGCUCCAGCUGUCGCCGUGUUGCGCAAAUAAAUUUGAGUCUGCUGAAACUUUAUUUUUGAGACUGUGAUGAAAUUAAAAUUAAAAAUGCGAUACAGCAAAUAUAUGUGAAAACAAGAAGUCGAAACCAAAGCUUAAUUCUUUUCUUAUUCAUGAUCUUUUCAUAAGAAAAAUGGUCUAGGCAUUUGCUAUAGGUUCUAAAAUGAAAUCACUUUGUUGUACAAUAAAAUAAGUUAAGAGGAUGCAGGCAUAAGGUGUCCUGCCAUGUUAAACA